UUGCAAGUACAACAGCUCUCUGUGCGCUCCCAUUCAUUUCCUGAGAACUGCCUAAGCUGAGCAGCUGAGAGGCAGAAGGGGAGGGAGCUGCUCACUCACAUCCACUUACAAUCUUUCACUCACUCACACACACACACACACACACACACAAUCAUACACACGUACAUACACUCAGAGUGAGAGGAGCGAAGAGGAGAGGAGAGGGAGAGGAGGAGAGGAGACAGAGAGGACUGUAGAAAGGAAAGCAGUCUCCUAGUCUCCACGGCUCUGCAGCUCCUGACAAGGCAGCCUAAGAAACAGGAUGUUAAUGCUUGACGGAAUGCCUGCAGUCCGAGUCAAAGCCGAGCCCCUGGAAUCAGAACAAGGGUCGCCUAAAGUGCGCCCUUAUUCUACGAUGGACAGCGUCCCUUUUUUCCUCAGCAGAGUUAAACCCGAGCCUCCAGAAGACCUGCUUGCUCACGACCUGCACUUCCACACACAGACAGAGCCUGUUGACCUGUCAAUCAACAAACCCCGACCCUCCUCUUCAUCCGCCAUCCCCACCAGCACAUUCUCAUCAUCAUCCCCUCUCAGAUCCGCCUUCUCCCCAUCAUCUUUAUCUUCGUCAUCUUCCUCCUCCUCCUCCUCUCCAUCUGUUAUCACCUCAGCCUCAUCGGUGCUCACACCAGGCCCCCUGGUCGCCCCCGGCACCGGGGCGAGAGGUCAGCCGUAUUUGCACAUCCUGCACUCUGUGCCGCCGCCUCCAUCCAGUCCUCUAAGCCUGCAGGGAGCAGGAAAGCUGGCUAGCCAUGUUCACCGCAUCCCAGUUGUGGUACAGUCACUGCCCCUCAUGUACACCACUGCCGUUCGAUCACCCUCGAGCCUCAACAACACCAUCAUGCUACCUCUGCUGGAUGAGGCCGCAAGCCAGGGCAAAGCACACACAGACCCCAACGGCCUGUCGCCAAGACAGAUCAAAAGUGACAGCGAUGACGACGACCUGCCAAACGUGACCUUGGACAGUGUUAAUGAGACGGGCUCCACUGCUCUGUCUAUAGCCCGCGCCGUACAAGAUUCCAUGUCUCCGUUCAGUAUUGACAACAUACGGCGCCCACGGAGGUCAGAGUCACCAGAUUCCAAAAAGAGAAGAAUCCACAGAUGUGACUUUGAGGGCUGCAAUAAGGUGUACACCAAAAGUUCCCAUUUAAAAGCACACAGGAGGACGCAUACAGGGGAAAAGCCAUAUAAAUGUACCUGGGACGGCUGCACGUGGAAGUUUGCCCGCUCUGAUGAGCUGACGAGGCACUACAGAAAACACACGGGGGUCAAGCCUUUCAAGUGUGCAGACUGUGACCGCAGCUUCUCCAGAUCUGACCACUUGGCCCUGCACCGACGGAGACACAUGCUGGUGUGAAUCAAGAUGGUGAGAGAUAAAGAGAGAUCAGUGGAACACACGCACACACACACACACACACAGACACACACACAUCCACCCACAGGCAGCCGUGGGAGCAGGAUCUCCCUAUGAAUGUUUUUCAGCUGGCCUGGACAUGUGCACGCACACGUAUAAACACACACACAUACAUACACAAACACACUUUCUCUCUCUCUUAUCCAUUAAAAGAAGAAAAGAUUGAGAGGUGCACAAGCUUGAGGAGCACAAAACAGGGUCACUUCUGGAUCCUCUUUGGGUUGGAAGGAAGAGAUGGCAGGAUCUUUUAUUGUCAUUGUUUGGAAUUUAAUAGGAACUGUCUUUUACAGCACUGUUCAUAAAUGUUUCACUUUGAUUUCAAGAUAAACUCACACUUUUUGUUUAGACAAAAAACAAACAAUGCAAUCACAACUCUCUCGUUUUGGUAUCUUUCUUUUCAUCACUGUUCAAACGGCUGCUUUUCCAGCAUUCAUAAUGUGAAAGACCCCCUUUGUAUGGAAUGGAUAUUCUGUGUGAGCAGAAUGCAGUUAACAUCUGGAUCACAGGAAAAGACUUGGGCCAGUUUGGAGUUACAGGCUGUAUUGAUUCGCCAUGCCUCCCUGUGAGUCCGAUUUAGGACCAGCAGAGGGCGCUGUCGCCUCACAGAUGGGUUUUCUUUGCCAGCUGGAGUCUGCUGUCAUUUCAGAGGCAUCCCAUAGAGACGCUAAAGGAGGGCCUGGCUUUCACUUAUUCUCAUUGCCAGCAAACGACACAACUCAAAUAGCCGCAACUUGAGCGGAUCAACCUCAUCAAAGCUUUCACUGUUUCAGAUACUCACUGCUUUAUUUCAAACCAUAGAAACUGAACGUGCAUAUCAUCACACCAGCAGAGAAACACACCAUUUCUGACCCAGUCACAGGGCUGAACAACCCCAAAUCUCAUCAGUGCUAUUCUUUAUGUUGAGCCUCUUGAAAGCAUUUUCUACAAAAAAAAGAAAAAGGAAAAAAAAAAAUCUUUGGUGGAUUUUGUGCCGUGAUUAGCAAUCAGUAAAGUGCAAUCUUAAAGGAUAAAUAUACUUUCAGUAUAACAGCAUUUUGUUUAUUGAAUCUUGCUUUUUUAUGCCUGCUUAUUGCUUAUGGUUAACUCAGAAAAAUACAACCCCUCAUGUACAGUGAACUUUAAAACAAUCAGAGUGGAUUUCCAGUAUGUGAAAAAAAAAUAAUAGAGGCACCUUAUAGACUCAUGCUUUCAUUCUGUCUCGGUCUAUCUGUUUGUAUUAUUCAGCUCUGUUUCUCAGCUGUGUUUCACAGUGAAAGGAAAUUUGUGUUGUGGUUUUGCACAGCAGCACUUGACCAUAAGCUGAUAAUGACACCGGCUGCAAUGUUACAGGGAUAACAUGGUACCUGAAGUACAAAACAGAUGAACAAUACUUUCUAAAAAUGUGAUAAGAAGGACCAUCAGCCUCCUCUUUGUUCUGUUUGCUGAUGUCAGUAUCUGAGGAGAGGUUUCUAUCUGGGCCAACUCCUUACUCUGUACCAUGACUCCCCUCUUUUACUGAUUGGUUUGUAAGUCCAACAUGAAGCCCUAAUCUGAUGUGUCUCAGUUAGUGAUUUGCUCCACAUUAUUUUAUUUGAUUUUGUUUCACUUAAAUACAGAAAGUAACUUGAAAUGACAUCUGAUUUACCUGAGAUUUGGUUAUAUAAAAUGCUCAAAAUGGAGGAAACACAUGUACAUGCAUAGUACAUACAGUAUAUAAAAUAUUCGCACAUGCACAUACAGAAAUACAUUUUGUAUGUGCAGUAGGCUACGUUUUAAAUUCAUUUACAGGCAGAGGUAUCCUUUAGAGAACAUCAGACAUAAACCCAGAGUAUCAGGCCAACCCAUAUUAUUUGAUAGUGCUGCUAAAUGUAUUUAUUGGACCGAAGCCAGUAAAAGGAAAUGGCAACCUUUUUGAUAAUAGCACCUUGAAAACCAUACACUUAGACACAUCACAUGCACUCGCACACAUUACACGCACCUGUACACUUGUAGUCAGCAUCCUCACUUUCAGUAAAUAGCCAAAUCCAGGAAGUCAUUCCCACACAUGCACCCAAUAUAUGUGAUAACCUGUCAACGCAACAAAAAAAAAAAUGAUAAUGUUAUGUUAUCAUUAUUUAUGUAUAUUGUUUGUGUACAAUGUCAUUAUGCCCAGUUGUAUUACUAUUUUGGCAAAAGCAUAUCAGCACCUUGUUUGUUUAUUAGUAUGAUUUUCAAAUUAUUUUAUUUCAGAUGUCAAUUUAUAAGCAAAUAAUCAUCAUCAUAUUUUAUCAUCAAUAUAAUGUAUAGGAACAUUUUAUGAUUGAGGGGCACUUGGUCAUUGCAUAUAACUUUUUCUGUAAAAAGGAUCUUUUGAAAUGUUGUAAUAUAUGUGAUGUGAAGAAAAAAACUUAUUAAAAAGUUCUACAGCCUGUAUAUACAUUGGAAAAAUAGGGCUUUUGAUUAGUAGAUGCAGGAAAUACAUUUAUACAUGUAAAGUCUUUUUCAGAGACUGUAAUUUAUCUAAUUUGAUAUACAGUGAAAUGGGGCUAAUGGUAUUCAUCAUGUAAAUGAUCAUGUGUGGUGUUAUGUAACAGUUUGCUUGCAGUUUUUCUUUACUUUUUUUUUUUCUUUUUGGUUUGUGGUUAAACUAAGUUCACAGUCAACUCAUUUUUAUUCCCAAGGCUGAACCAGUGUUUGCUAUAAUCAACCAAUUAUUUAUUUACACUGACUGUAUUAAGGUACUCAAUUCUCUGUGUUGCUAUUUUGCUGCACCGGGACAAGAAAUUCUAAUGAUCAAGCACAUAUCAACAAGACAUGUACUCUCGUAUUCAGUAUCUAUGAUGUUGCAUGCCUUAAUACACCAGUUUAAAAAAAAAAUCCAUUUGAUUUGAAGAUGGUGUCUCCACAGGACAGGGUGCAUUGUAUUUCCCUUCAGCGUCUCUUUCUUCAUUUUAAAGCAUAAUUUUGUAACGGUAACCAGGGUCAAAGUUAUGCAAUAAUAAUGAAUAGUGCCUCAUAUCACAAACUUGUAAUAUAAACUGCUCUGUGCAGAGUUUCAAUUUCAAAGUGUGCGCUCAAAUUAAUCAAUUUCAAAUUGAAAAAAAUCAUACAUUUUGGAAAAAGCACGUUAUGCAAGUCGGACCUCUAAUGUUUAACUUUGUUUUCGCACUGAGCCUUAUGCCAUUGUGUCAAAUACAGCAUCUGCCCAUAACACUUUCACAAGCUGUUUAUAGCACACAUUAUUACUUUGCUUGCAAUAAGUGAUUUCCUCUAAGGGGAACAAAACUGAGUUAUGAAGGCCUCUUGAUGUUUCCACUUCAGCACAUGAAUUCAACAUUGUGAUUCCAUGGAAGAUAAUGAAGACUCUUAGUCACAGGACAAAAUCCUGUGAAUGGAAUUCCAGCUAUAGAAUGAUGCUUUUGUUUAUGAAGAUCAAUAUCAAUUUUACUUUUGUGUAACACCUGCUUUUGAUUUCCUGGUUUUGAAAUUUUAAGUAGUGAAGCCAAUGCCUAUGUUUCAAGUUUUGCUGAUAUUACGUACAGUAAUUGUUGUUCUUGUAUUUAUGUAAAGUGAGUGUAGUGUAAAUUUAUUCAGAUUUUUUCAUUCUUACUGAAAAAAUUGUGAUAUUGUUCAGCAUUGCUUCAAAAGGGACGAUUCUACUCAUGGAAUUCCACAUCUGUAAAAGAAAUUUUUAUUCCUGAUAUUUUUCAAAACUACAAGAACAGGUGUCCUUUUUUCUGUUAUGCUUCUUUCCUCCGAGAGUUGUUUAAGUAUCCAGUCAGUGUUUUGCUUUUUUCUCUGUAUUUUUCAUAUGGAUGGAGCUGUGAAAUUAAAAUAAGUUCAAACAUAUACAUGUAUAUUAAUAUGAAUGGAGGCAUGAAGGUUAAUAAAGUUGCAUUUUGUAUGUAA